CGAAUGGUUCCUGAGUUCGAGCUCAUGGCCAUGUGAGCCUCCAGAUCUGGACAGUCGGAGUCGUGUGUUGAUGCGCCUGGCUGAGAAAACCUCUCACAGAGACACACUGGAGGUUCUCUGUAAUCUCCCUGGAAUCAAAGAGCCGAAUGACCUGGUUGAUAUCUCCAGGUACAGUCCACUGUUUAACUCUCAUCUACAAGUGUGUGUGGACAGACAGGUCCUCCCUGUAGCCUCAGAUACAGUGGACUUCAUGCUCUCUAAAAACCUGGCUGUCGACCACACUAUGCUUCACAUACUUUUACACAAACUGGGCAAACAAAACCUCUGGCUCCGCGCACGGGAAGUCUUCAGACACUCUCUGGGUGUGGGGUACUACCCUGGUGUGUCAGCUCCCGCUGGUUUCAUGACACUGAUUGUCCCCUGUCGGCUGGGGGAAGUGGAGCUGGCUCUCACCUUUGAGAUGUUCAUCACUGUCAAUGCAACAAUCAUUCUCCAGCUUUCAGAGACCACCACUUCCUGCCUCAGCAUUACUCUCAGAAGGACUCAAAGUGUUGAGAGUGAGUACCUCUCAGCUGGUAGCCGCCUUCUCUCUGCAGCUUGUAUCCCCCAGCCCAAACUAAUUGUUCACUACACAGCAGUUAACUCCUCGCAGGAGCAAGUGUUCACACUUGACAUUUCCUCUGCUCGACGCUGGCUCCGCCACAAUCAUUUGUGGGCCACUGAGGUGUGGACGCAUUGACCCCGACAGUUAGUCCCCUGCAGUCCCUGCAAGUAUUUAACUUUACUGUCCCCCAUAACUGCUCAUGUUCCACAGACAUCGUUUGACUCUGAAAACAACCAAUGAAAUCAGGAAAACAAACGUGUGUAUUUCCGUUGGCUGUACGUUUGUACACAAUGUUCAUAUGUCAAUUUAGCCUUUGACUAAGAAUCUGAAAUUCUUAAGGUCACCACCAAAGACUGACACCAGAACCUUACACUGCUUUUCUUUUACAAAGCUGAUAACUUAUUUUUGUUUAAAUAAGUUUUAAGGGUUUUUUGUUGUUAAUUCCUUGUUGUUUCCUGAGUUCUUUUAGCUGAUUUGUCACUCAUUUGUUUGUGUGAUUAACUAUUGAAGAAUAAGUCUGUCAGGGAACAACAUAAUUUUGCAGGGUUGUUGAUGUUACAAGUAUUAAACUUUGUUUAAGUGUAAAUAACAUCGGAGUGUAAAUAGGUACAUAUUUAUAAUGGUGUUUAGUCUUUGACAGUAUUAUGUUACUGUAUUAUUUUACUGAUUGUCAAAAUCUCAAUUGUUGCCAGUUCAAGAGCUGUGAUUUCCAUUUACUUUAUAUAAAGCUUUUAUAAAAGU